AUGAGCAGUGGUUCAAAUAACGCUGAUGAUGAUGGUCCAUUGUGGGUAUGGUUCUCACCAGAAGAUAUCCCUAAGACCGGCGAUCCUGCGUAUGUCGACAAAUUAUAUAAGGAAAUUGUCGGCACCAACUCCAACCAUUUUGAGAAUGAAAAAUUGGGAGUCUUCUUCUACGAGUUUCUUUUCAUCUUUUCAUCAUUGGAGCUCUUUCCAUCUGAUACUAGCGCCACAAAGUUCAUCAAUGCUUUCCUCAAGAAAUCAGGGACUUAUGUCAACAAUGACCUUGGAAUUUGUUUUAUCCAGAUGUUGAACACCUUCCCUCCGGAAAAUUAUCAUAUCGCCAACCUUAUUAGCUAUUGUGAUGUGUUUCGCCAAACUUUGAAGAAAUAUUUGAGAUCGGAUCUCGCUAAGGCCUCUAGAAUUAUUGACGGAUACGCUAAGAAAAGCAUCACUUUUGCAAGAGGUCAAAGCAAAAUCAAAAACUAUAAUUUGUUAUACGAAUGUUCUGAAGGGUAUUCUAAACUAAUAGUCGAAGUGUUCGAGGCCAUCAACAGCCCCGAUGCAUUAUUGAUGACUCAAUAUGUGAAUGAGGUGAUUUUGAAACUUAUUGGGACUUAUAGUUUAGAUCCAAAUCGGGUAUUAGACGUGAUUCUUGAUAUUUUCACAGCCAACCUCCUGAAGAAUUAUAAAUUCUGUAUACAACUCCUCAGAAAAUCUCUAUGGUGGCCGAAGGUUGAAGCAUCCGCUGACUGUCAUAAUUUAGACAGCCUUCUGAUAGGUGGAUCAGCCAUUGGAGCACAACUUUUGGGUCUCAAAGUGUUGAAUCCGACAAUGACCAACAAACCAAAUUCUUCAGAAAUGGUAAAAUAUCUAGUGGUUAUGUUGAUAAAAGAAGGGUUUAUUUCCUUCGGAUCGUUCUUCCAUUAUUUGACUCCCGAUGAUCUGGAAUUUCCAAACUUGGAGGGUCAAUUCAAGGAGUAUAUGAAUGACAAAAUCUUCAAAGCUACAGCCUCAGCUUUGGCGUUAGCCGCCCCGUUGAAAUUAGAUGAUGAAGAAAACAAUAGCAAUAAUAAUAAUGAUAAUAAUUCUAAUAAUCCUGGAGGUAACACUGGAUCAACUUCUGGUGGUAGACCAGCCGCCGGAGAUGUUAAUGAUGAAAAAUAUCAACCUUUAGGGGGAAAAAUCAAUCUAAAAUACGAAUUUUUGAAACUCUUUUUGUUGUUUGGAUGUUAUGACGAGGCAAUCUUUUUGCUUACAAAAUAUCCGGUGCUUGCACAAAUGAGCGAUGAGAUUCCUCACCAUAUCCACAGAUUAUUUCAAGCUUGUGCCGAUGAUUUCUAUUACGAAAAUUACCAUCCAAUUAAAGAUCAGGCGGUGAAAAAUAGUUUGAUGUCAAAAAGUAUGAUUGGGUUUUUAAGGGAUAAUAAUUAUAUCGAUUAUGACCAUCAGAAAACAAAAUUAAUUGACACAUUUAAGUUACCUGCUGGUGAUAACAAACUGGUGUUUUUCUAUAGAAACUGGGAUAGGGCUUUACCAAAGAUCAAAUCUAUUGAUGAAUUAUUCAGUUUGGCUAAUGAGCUUUUAUCCUUCAGCGGGGCGAAGUUGGCGCUCGAUGGUGAAUUAAUUACUAAGCUUGUGCGGAUUGGAAUCAAAGAUAUCACUGAUAAUGGCAAAUCCAAAGAAUCUGGGGAGAUCACCGAAGAAGAAUACAAGACCAUUCAGGAUAAGUGGUUACAAUUUUUCAGAAAGUUUAUCUUUGUCGCUAUUCCGUUGAUGGGUACUAACUCCCCGUUAGUGGAAAUGACAUUCAGUUUGUUUGCGUUAUUCCCUACUCAUGCAAGAUACAACUUAUACGGGGAAUUGGAAAUGAAGUUGAAGAAAAGAAAUUUGUUUAUUAAUCUCGAGUAUGAUCAGGCCACGAAAAAAACCAAGGAUGGCUUGAAAAGAUUGAGUAAAACUAAUGCCAAUGCCAUUAUGAGAAAUUUGUCAAAAAUUUCCUUUUCUAACCCAUUGCCGUUUUUCCAGGUUAUCACUACCCAAGUUGAAAGUUAUGAUAAUUUGAUUGAUUUGAUUGUCCUAUCUGCGAGAUAUUAUAAUGCUUAUGCCUGGGAUGUUUUGAGUUACGUGUUACUCACUAGAUUGACAUCUCGGAGAAAUUUCGUGCAAAGCGAUGGGUUGAAUGACAGAUUGUGGUUGCAAAAUUUAUCCAGUUUCAUUGGGAAGUUAUGUGUUAAUUAUCCAUCGAAUUUCAACUUUGAAAUAAUUGUUGAAUUUAUCAGUAGAAGACUUUAUGAAUUUGAUAACAUCACCAUUAUUUUAUUUAAAGAAAUCAUCAAUAAUGUCAGUGGGAUCGCGAAUAUUUCCAACUUGACAAUGUCCCAAAUUGAUUUGUUGAGUAGUGGGGCGAAAAGUGUUGCCAGAACCGUUUAUAACGUGAUUUUCGAUAAGCGUGCCAGCACAUUAUGUUCCAAUGCAUCUUUGAAGUUUUUACAAAGUUUAAUUAGCACCGAUGCCAAAGACGCGGAAAUCUUCAAUUCCAAUGAACAAGAUAUUUCCAAAUUAUCCGAGCUCUUUAUUCUCUUGACCGAGUACUACAAGCAACAGGUGUAUUUGGAUAGAAGUGGUGAGAACCAUUCCAAAAUCUUAUCCCUUAGAAAUGAUGAGUUGAACGGCUUGAUCCAUACUUAUAUCACGAUGUUGAACCAUUUCUGUCCAUCUCAAGAAUUCUUGGCUAAUAAUUUGCUCAGUCUUGAAUCAUUAUUAUUUGAACAUAAAAUUGACAUUGAAUGGGCGUUUGAAUUAUGGCGUGGAAGCAUGGCUGCUCCCCCAGUCAAGAAGACCGUUGCCGGGAAAAGUGCUGCUAAUCCUUGGAGUAAAUUAUUGAAUCCUAUUUCUAAGGCCAUCAUGAAAGAUGAGCGAUUCCAAUACAUUGAUUGGAAAGGAUUGCUGGGAGAAUUAUUCGUGUCAUUUUGGCAAAUGUCAUUAUACGAUAUCAAUUAUUGUUCCAAGAAUUAUGAAAUCGGUGAUAAAUUGGUCCACCAAAUCAGCGGGUUAGAAAAAUCUAUCAAUAAUAGAGUUUCGUCGUUGAGCAAAGAUAUGGUGCAAAAGAAAAAAUUGGAAAAAAUUGAAUUAGAGAGCAUGUUGAAGAAUUUGGAGUCUGAUAAACUUGCCCAUAAAACCCAUGAUGCGAUGAUUCAAAAACGGAUUAAGGCUGAAAAGAAGACGUGGUUUAGCGGUAAGAAGGAUACUAAACUACAAGCCAAGGUGUUCAUUGAGAAUUGUCUAUUACCUCGUUUGAUCCACUCACCAUUUGAUGCGAUUUACUGUGCCAAGUUCUUGAUAUUGUUGUUGAAAGAAUCUUCCGAAGUGUUCCAAACCGUAUCUUUGGAGAUCUUGAAUGUGCUAUUUAGUGAUGUGAUCUGCUCCACGAUUUUCCUGUCGACUCCUCAGGAAGCGGAAAAUUUUGGAUUAUUUUUCAGUAAAGUGCUUGAAUAUUUGAACCUGUUGAGAAUUAAAAAAGUUUUCUUUAUGGAGAAAUUGGGGAUAGAAUUACCAAAGGAGGAAACUAAGAAGACUGAAGAUGAUGGAGAAAAACCGGGAAAUGAAGAAGAAAAGAAUGUUAUCAGUGAACCGCAAGACGAUGGAGAUGAUAAUAAUGAAGAUGUUGAAAUGAAGGAAGGUGAUGACAAUAACGAUGAUGAUGAUGAUGGUUAUAAUAAUAAAAAUGAAAACGAAGCUAAAUUUGAAAAUCAGGACGAAGAUGAGGUUGAUGAUGAAGCCGAAGAAGGGGACCUUGCAAUUUUCAAUGAAUAUACUCUUCAACUCUACGGAUGGCACUCCCAAACGGUUUCUGCAAUUAUCAGUUGCUUGCAAAAUCAUGACUACAUGUAUCGUCGUAACGCCAUUACUUUCCUCAAGAAUUUGGUUGGGUAUUUCCCGGUGGUGAUCGAUCAUUGUGAGGAAUUGUUAGAACAAAUCGAAACGAUUUUCGUGAAUGAUGAAAGAGAGGAUAUCAGAUUAGCCUCCAGCGCGAUUAUUGGGCUUUUGAAAUCCAAGCAAGCCGAAUGGGUGGCGGUGUACGAUUUUUACAAGAUGCCAUUGCUGGAAAAGAAAGCAUACAAUGCCACGAAACAGAAGGCUGCUGAGGAGCUCAAGAGUUUGCAAGAUGAACUUAAAAUUGAAAAGCAGAUCAAAAGAACCGAGGAGUCCAAAUUGAGAGAGAUUGAAGAAGAAGAGAAAAGAGAAGAAGAACGGUUGAGAAGAGAAGCAGAAGCGAAAGAAAAAGAAAAAGAGGAAGCGGAAGCAGAAGCCAAAAGAGCCGAAGAAGAGGAAAAGAAGAAGAAUGAAGAAAAUGAAAAAGAGCAACCAGAAGAGGAAACCACGGAAAACAAUGAUGAACCAACGGAUGUUGAUCGCAAAGAACCAUUGGCUAAACCAACUGGGGAAAAUUCUGUGAAAAGUACUGAGAAAUCCGUUAGUGGUGAUGGCAAAGAUAAUUCAAGUAUUCCAGGAAAUAAAGCCGCUAGUUCAAAUAAGCCUUCCAAUGAACGCCUGGGCCGGUUUGUGGACGUGAUGGCUACCAAUAAACCAGUGGCCGGUGCUACCACUACCGCCGCCGCGGGCUCUGCGGGAAAUUCCAAAACCGCUGGCAAACCUGACAACAACCAAACCACAUCGCGUACGAGCGCUUAUCGACUCGACACCAAGUCUACUAGUAAUAAGAGACCGCGUGAAGGUCAGAAUUUCGACGAACCAUCCAAGAAGAAGAAAAUAUCGUUCCCUACUGGUCCUGCCUCAAGUCUGCGAGACGGAUACCGUGGUAAUAAUGGUGGUGGUUCCGGGAGAUCUUCAUACUCUGGUGGUGGUGGCAGUGGUGGCAGUAGUUAUAGUGGUGGUGGAAACGAGGGUGGGUUCAGAAAUGGCGGGAGAAGAGAUAAUGGAAAAAAUGAUGGGAGACGAGACAAUAGAAGAGAAGGCGGUAAAAGAGGUGGUGGUAAUUAUUAUUCUGGCAAAAGAUGA